CACAGGGAAUCGGCAGAAUUCAUGCCAGUGAACAUAUUGUACGUAAACAAUAGUGCUGUGUGAAAAACGUGUGUGAAAAGAGGAGAAAAGUCCCUAAGGAAUUUUAGACGAGGAAUCAACACUACCAAAAAUAUGAGGAGUCGAGUCAGCGUAGUGAAAUGGCCACUGCGGACCAUCAGUUCUGGUCGGUUCCUGUCGACCACGGCGCAAAGAAGCCAGGCUUCCGACAGUGGAUUAGAAAUCGGUCCAAAACCAGUCCAAUCGUGUCCGGUAAAGGGAUAUCGUGCGCGAUCGACUCACGCGGCGAUCGAUUCGUCCGUGUUCGACAUGGCCCCGUCGAUCAAAUCGUGGGAAGAAGUACCGGGGCCCAGACCCCUGCCGUUCUUGGGGAACACUUGGAGAUUCACGCCUUAUAUUGGUGGCUACUCCGUGGAGCACAUCGACAAAGUAUGUCUGUCUCUUCGGGAAGACUUUGGGAACUGUGUGAAGGUGACCGGUCUACUUGGCAGACCUGAUAUGCUGUUUGUCUUCGAUGCCAGUGAAGUUGAACGUGUAUUUAGAGGCGAAGAUGCUGCACCGCAUAGGCCUUCGAUGCCCUCAUUGAACUAUUACAAACACACUCUGAGGAAAGACUUCUUCGGGGCCGAGGAAAACUGCGCAGGAGUUAUAGCAGUGCACGGUGAAUCCUGGUCAGCCUUCCGGACCAAAGUUUCUCGUGUAGCCUUAAGUGCUGGCGCCGCUGCACAAUACACGGUGCCAGUAGCUGAAGUGGCUGAUGCUUUCAUCCAAAGAAUUCGUAAAAUAAGGAAUGAAAAUUCAGAAACUCCAGAUGAUUUCCUGAACGAAGUACACAAGUGGUCUUUGGAAUCCCUCAGCCUCAUAGCCCUAGACACACGCCUCAACUGUUUCGAGGCCUCAGAAGACUCGGAGAGCAUGAAGCUCAUACACGCAGUCCAGACAUUCUUCCUGAGCGUCGGCGAGUUGGAACUGCGCGCGCCCUGGUGGCGGCUGUACCCUACCAAGAUGUUCCGACAAUAUGUUGCUGCUUUAGAUACUAUCCUUAGCGUGACUCUCAGAUACGUCGAGAAGGCGCUAAAGGAGUGUGAAGCGACCGGCAGCAGCAAGUCACUAUUACAAGACCUGGUGGCUGCUGCUGGGCCAAGAGUUGCAGCCGUGGCCGCUUUAGACCUGUUCCUAGUGGGGAUUGAUACGACAUCAAACGCGGUGGCUUCCAUUUUGUAUCAGCUAUCAUUACGACCAUCAGUACAGGAGCGCCUGUAUGAAGAAAUUAGCAAAGUACUGCAGGACAGGCCGAUGAAACCCGGUGAUGUUAACCAGAUGCCGUAUCUGAAGGCCUGCGUCAAAGAAGUAUUGAGGAUGUAUCCUGUGGUGAUUGGUAAUGGUCGACAGCUAACUAAGGACACAGUUAUUUGCGGCUACAAUAUACCCAAAGGCACUCAAGUAAUAUUCCAGCACUACGUAAUGGGCAACACAGACGACUACUUCUCAAACGCGUCAGAGUUCCGUCCGGAGCGAUGGCUGAACAGAUGUCCCGCUCAGAAGCAUCAUGCCUUCGCUUCCUUGCCUUUUGGUUACGGGAAGAGAAUGUGCUUGGGCAGAAGAUUUGCUGAACUCGAAAUACAUACUGUUAUUUGCAAGAUGGUGCAAACCUUCAAAAUGGAAUACCAUCAUGAACCCAUGGAUUAUCACAUACACCCCAUGUACACGCCAAAUGGACCAAUCAGAAUAAAACUAACGGAUCGGUAGAUUAAAUAUUUUGUGAUAAUAUUUGUAGGUGUAAGUAAAUAACUAUAAUAGAUGUAAUUAUGUAAUGUACGGUGCAACCAGUAAAAAAUAUUCUUUAAGGCGCUGAAUGCCCAAAUUGGCUUGUCUCAAACAAUUCCUUGACCAAAUCUAUACAGUUUUUGACGGCAAAAAAAUUAUAUAAUUAUCUUGAACACAUUUAUGAGAACCCUGUUAAUUGCAAAACACGUUCUCAAAAAGUUUUCUCGAUACAAAAAAAUUGUAAACUUACCUCUUAAAAUGAUCUUCCAACAAAAAUAUCUGUAUUACUCAUCAACUUACAUUGAUAAAAUUUGUAACAUUAACGAGUCAAUAUGUAAAUACAGAACUUGGUUAAUUUUUAUUUUUGAUUACUCAACUCAUUUUAAAGCUAUGAUUUUUUAUGUUACGAACGUCGCGUCAACAGGCUUCUCUCUCUUUCUUUAUUUUUCGCUUUCUCUCUCGUACGUACAUACGUACAUUCAGCCUCUUAAAUAAUCAAAAUACUAUCAUACACCACGUUAAUAUUGUAAGAAUUAAAAACUAUCAUUGAAAUCAACGGCUAAUGGUUGCCACCAUUUAUUUUCAUUUCUUCAAGCCAGAUCAUGACAAUGUUAUGUAGGUAUAAAGAAUGAAAUACCAGAAUUUGUUGGCAAAACUCGCGUGUAUAGGAUGCAUCUAGUUGUAAUGGAAAGUAUUUUAUUUAAUUUGUAUGUUAUAUUUUCGAGUGAUAUUCAUUAGUUACCAGAAUGAUUUAGGACAUUGUAUUGUCAAAGUUUUAUUUUUGUUGUGAAAUAUAGCCAGUUAUUUUCACACA